GGAUGGAUAAGGAUGGGGACAAGAUGGCAGAGAGUAUAAUAAAUCUCACCCUAGAGAUCCUCCUCCGGCUUACUGGAGAGGAAUACACAGUAGUGAAGAAGACCUCUAGUGAGCAUUGUCAGGCCCUGGUAUCUGAAGGACGGGGAGGAAUCCGGAGCCCAAUAUCCAGGCCGACACCUCACAUCCCGAUACAUGAGAAAGUCAACAGGGAGAAGAUCCUAGAGCUCACCAACAAGAUCAUUGAGCUGCUGACUGGAGAGGUGACAUCGCUGGGAAUGCCGGGACAUUAUACAGUAACACUAUGAAGGGAUCUGGGUGAUGACUGUAUCAUUCUGUUGUCAGGUUCCUAUAAGG